UUCUGGAAGUUGCGCAAAGUUGUUUGCCAUGAAGUUACUGUUAGUCAUAGUUCUGUUAGGAGUAUUUAACCACUCCGCUGAAAGUGGAAGUGUAGCUUUCGGUAGCCGGUGUGCAGGUGAUAAGCUGCUGUACUCGUGGCGUCUCAGCUCCGGUCCACUUCCAGAACCGGGCAGUAUCACACUCCACUUCGACUACAGCACCAGCAAUCACAUUUUCGAGCGUGAAUACUUCACCCAGAUAGAGUUCGAACGACCGGAUGAUCUGAUACCGAACGGGUUUGUGCGCAAUCGGUUCAACUCCAGCUUCAUGGAAAUGUGGCCCAUACGACUCGGUGUUACAGAAUGGUGGCUUCAGGGGAAUUUGUAUGGAUUCGAUUCGGAACCGUUUCCGGACAAUUGUAGUUCUUAGAUCGUUUGUGUGAAAUAUAUUUUUAAUACAUAGAUACACAGCAGAUCUUAGUCUUAGAUGAGAAAAUAAUCAUUUGAAUGAUAGUCUUCACUCGUCCAACCUUCUGUGGGAGGGAAUGUGGAUUCCAUAGAAUCAACAGGACCUUCUGACGUGUAUGUGGAUUCCCAAAAACCAUCAGAUGGUGUCACAACACCAUCGAGGUAGCGGAAACAAUAGGAGCAGACACUUUCGCAGCAA